AGACAGCGCAGCAGCGGAACAGUAGCCUUCGCUGUUCGUCGAAGCGAGUAGCGUGACGGUGGCGGAUAAGCGUGCGAGUCGGACUGCCGUCGACGGGCGAGAUCAAGAUGUACAAAACCAUGAGCAAUCACCAGGCGAGUCAGGAACACGUACUCGCCGUGUCCCGGGACUUCAUCGCGCAGCCCCGUCUCACAUAUAAGACAGUAUCCGGAGUAAAUGGUCCGUUAGUGAUAUUAGACGAAGUAAAGUUUCCAAAGUAUGCUGAAAUCGUGGAACUGAAACUCGCGGAUGGCUCCUUACGUUCCGGCCAAGUAUUGGAAGUAUCCGGCUCAAAAGCCGUGGUUCAGGUCUUCGAGGGUACAUCGGGCAUCGAUGCAAAAAAUACUCACUGCGAGUUCACCGGUGACAUCCUGCGGACUCCAGUGUCCGAGGACAUGUUGGGCCGUGUAUUCAACGGCUCGGGAAAGCCAAUCGACAAGGGUCCACCGAUCUUGGCAGAGGACUACCUAGACAUUCAAGGGCAGCCCAUCAAUCCAUGGUCCCGUAUCUAUCCAGAAGAAAUGAUUCAAACCGGAAUCUCGGCCAUCGAUGUCAUGAAUUCUAUCGCUCGUGGUCAGAAGAUUCCGAUUUUCUCUGCUGCUGGUCUGCCGCACAAUGAGAUCGCCGCGCAGAUCUGUCGUCAGGCAGGUCUCGUGAAAGUGCCCGGAAAAUCGGUUCUCGACUCGCACGAGGACAACUUCGCCAUCGUGUUUGCGGCGAUGGGUGUCAACAUGGAGACCGCUCGUUUCUUCAAGCAGGACUUCGAGGAGAACGGCUCCAUGGAGAACGUGUGCCUCUUCUUGAAUCUGGCCAACGACCCGACGAUCGAGAGAAUCAUCACGCCGCGUCUCGCUCUGACGGCGGCCGAGUUCCUGGCGUACCAGUGCGAGAAGCACGUGCUGGUCAUCCUCACCGACAUGUCCUCGUAUGCCGAAGCGUUGCGAGAGGUCUCGGCCGCCCGCGAAGAGGUGCCGGGUAGACGUGGUUUCCCAGGUUACAUGUACACCGACUUGGCUACGAUCUACGAGCGCGCUGGCCGAGUUGAGGGCCGCAACGGCUCCAUCACGCAGAUCCCCAUUCUCACUAUGCCGAACGACGACAUCACUCACCCGAUUCCCGAUCUUACCGGGUACAUCACCGAGGGCCAGAUCUACGUCGAUCGUCAACUGCACAACAGGCAGAUCUACCCACCCGUGAACGUGCUGCCGUCUCUGUCGCGUCUCAUGAAGUCCGCCAUCGGCGAGGGCAUGACGCGGAAGGAUCAUUCCGACGUGUCUAACCAGCUGUAUGCGUGUUACGCGAUUGGCAAGGAUGUCCAAGCAAUGAAAGCCGUCGUGGGAGAGGAAGCGUUGACACCGGACGAUCUACUUUACCUGGAAUUUCUAUCGAAAUUCGAGAAGAAUUUCAUCUCGCAGGGUAGCUACGAAAACCGCACGGUCUUCGAGUCACUGGAUAUCGGCUGGCAACUCCUGCGAAUCUUCCCCAAGGAGAUGCUUAAGCGAAUCCCGGCCAGCACCCUCGCAGAAUUUUAUCCGAGAGACUCCCGUCAUUAAUCCACGUCGUUUUAAUUAUGCGUCUCGCCUUGCGCUUAUGCUUGUUCCACUGAAACGUAUCUUCUCGUCGGCAUUUGUUAAUUCGAAUAAAAUCUGUUUUCGCGAACUUACGUGGAAAGUCGAGGCGAUGUGACGGGAGAAUAAUUAAGGAAAAUAAUUAUACGCUUUCGGAUAAAAAAAAAUGGAAAUGAAGCAACAAGUAUAACACCCCGCGUUAUACUUGUUGCUAAUAAAAUAUUAAGUUUACAGGACCGUACGCGUUUCUUGAUGUUGUGCAAUGAGAAUGUAAGAUAAAUAACAGUGAUACUGAUAUUGUAAAGUAAAUUGAAAAUUUACAACAGAUUUAUCGCAGUACCUUGCAGCAAGGCAAUCCUGCAAGCCGCAAGUCCGAGACUAUACACGUUAUUUAUCAUGGAAAUGAUAUACACGCUAUAUUGUUGAAUAUAUUGUUUCGAUAUUGACGCAUGUGUUGUCUCUCGUGCUUUUGAGCGCAACAGUGCUCACACACGCCAAGCGACCAUUGUAAAGUGUAAUAUAUCACUCAGUAUUAACAUAGAGAGAAAAAAAAACGAACAUAGAAGAAAAUAUAUCCACGAUCACGUUCUAUCGAUGCGUUGCCUACAUUCCAUUGCGAGAUUCUUUAUGCGAGAUUCAGACCGAUCGAACAGAAAACUGUUUGACAUAAUUGUGUACAGUUAUAUGUCUGGAAAAUGUUCUGAAAGCGAAACAUUAUCGUGUACUGCCUUGCAAAAGGCAAAAUGUAUAUGUUAGAAGUAGAAAAUUAAAAGAGAGUUGUUGUCUUUGAAA